AUGAUGUCCAGCCCCGGUCGGUCGUCACGCCUUCCGGGUCUCCCCGUAUCGGAGAUUUCGCUAUUCCGCCGCACAUCCCCAGCAGCGGCGCCUCUGCUCAUCACGCAUCGAUCACACCUGCUCUCUUCGCGCGCUCUCUCUCUCUCCCCACACCACGCAGCAGCAGAGCAGGCGCACAGGAUAGACCAUGACGACCUCGACGCCCCUGUUCGAAGAGGUUGCCUCUCGAGAUGUGCUGGGCUUCAGCUUCGGGGGGCGUUCCUAUGCAGACCAGCUCACGGACGCGAUCGCCAAGACGAAGGCGGGUCUCUCGGCCAAGCCGAGGGCGAGAAGAUCACGCGAGCCUUCGAGUACGGCCUCGAGCACAGGCUCCCGGUCGUGGUGCAGUGCCGAUCGGGCGGGGCACGGAUGCAGGAGGGAACCAUGUCGCUCAUGCAGAUGGCGAAGGUCUCGGUCGCGGUGGACGCUCUCCGGCGGGAAGGGGUACCCUUCGUGUCCGUUCUGUCGGACCCCACCUACGGAGGCGUUUCGGCGUCUUACGCCAUGCAGGCGGACGUCCGGGUUGCCGUCGGGUCGGCCCGCAUCGGUUUCGCGGGGCCCGCCGUGAUCCUCAACACCAUGUUCGAGAUGGACCAGAGCAAGUUCGACGUGGCGUGCCCCGAGAACUUCCAGUCCUCCGAGUACGUGAAGGCGCACGGACAGCUGGACCUGAUCGUCGAGCCAGGAGAAGGGCAAGACGCGCAGGAGGCCGUGGAGGAACGCCUGCAGAGCAUCGUGUCUCUCCUGUUCGGUUCCGGUAGUGAGGGGGGUAAGGGGGACCCCCCCGCCCCCGCGGUGCCCCCGACGAAGGAGGACAUGGAGGCGGCCCUCGACUACACGCUCGCGCGCAAGAUUGACCGCUACCAGGCACAGGACGUCAUGUCCGAGGUGCUGGAGGACUUCAUUGAGCUCUGCGGCGACGGCAAGGUGUCGGACGACUUCUGCCUCAAGGGAGGGCUGGCGCGCAUCGGAGGCACACCGGUGGUGGUGAUGGGCACUGUCAAGGGGCACACGCCCGGAGACAUGCAGGCCGCCAACUACGGCAUGCCAAGCCCCGCGGGGUACCGAACGGCCCUGCGCCUGUUCCAGCUGGCCGAGCGUUUCGGCCUGCCGGUGGUGACCCUUGUGGACACCUGCGGCGCCUGGCCUUCUUUCGAGGCCGAGCGGGAUGGGCAGAGCGAGGCCAUCGCGACCAACCUCACGGCCAUGGCGGGGCUCAAGGUCCCGAUCGUGACGCUCAUCAUGGGGGAGGGCGGCUCCGGCGGGGCCCUCGGCGUGGGGAUGGGCAACCGCGUGGGCAUGCUCUCCCGCGCGUACUUCGGCGUGAUUUCGCCGGAGGGCGCCGCGUCCAUCCUGGGACGUUACAAGGACGAUGCCCACAAGGCGGAGCAGUUCCCCAAGGACUGCCAGGAGCUCGCCACCGCUCAGCAGAUCUACGCAAAUCAGCUGAAGGAGAUCGGGGUAGUAGAUGAGGUCAUCUGGGAGCCUGCCCAGGGCGAAACACACGAACACUUCCCCAUUAUGGCCGGCUUCGAUUCCCUGGCACCCGAAGAGAGGAGCUCCGCGGUUUCAGCCGCGGCGGCGGCGUCCAAGCCGAGGUCGAGGCCGGCCAGGCCGUCCACCAAGCCCUCCAAGCUUGCCACCUUCCUGGCCGAGCAGGCCAUCCACGGGGAGCGCUCCGCCCACAAGGGACGCGCGCCCCAGGGGAUGACGACCACCCCUCCCGCCAUCCCGGACGUCAAGCCGACCGAGGCGGCGGGGGAGACGGCCAAGUCGGUGCUGGACGCCAAGGGGCCGGAGGCCAUGGCGGCGUGGGUGCGACAGAAGAGGGGCGUCAUGGUCACCGACACCACCAUGCGCGACGCACAUCAGUCGCUGCUGGCGACUCGUGUGCGCACCGUGGAUCUGGUGGAGGGGGCCAAGCUGGCCUCUCAGCUGCUCGGAAACGCCUUCUCGCUCGAGAUGUGGGGCGGUGCGACGUUCGACGUGACGUAUCGGUUCCUCAACGAGGACCCCUGGGAGCGUCUCAGGCAGAUCCGUGCCGCGGCGCCGAACAUCUGUCUUCAGUUCGUCCGCCUCGCGGCGAAGAACGGGAUCGACGUGUUCCGGGUGUUCGACUGCUUCAACGACGUCGAGCAGAUGCGCGUGUGCAUCGAGGCCGUCCGCAAGGCCGGGAAGGUUGCCGAGGUGUGCGUGUGCUACACGUCAGACUUGCAGACGUCGUCCAUAUUUACGGUGGACUACUACAAGGGGGUGGCCAAGAGCGCCGCUGAGGCCGGGGCGCACAUGAUCGGCAUCAAGGACAUGGCCGGCCUAUUAAAGCCGCGGUCCGCGCCGCUGCUGGUGGAGGCGAUCCGCUCCGUCACCGACCUGCCCAUCCACUUCCACACCCAUGCCACCAGCUCCUGCUCGCUGGCCACGGCGCUCGAGAUGGCCCGCGCGGGGUGCGACGUGAUCGACUUCGCGACGGCGUCCAUGGCGGACUGCACCUCACAGCCGAGCCUGAACGGUUUCUUGGCGUCCACCGAGGGGAGCGAGAUGGCUCCGGAGGGCACCGGAUACCUGGGACUCGAGCCGUACGACGUGUACUGGAGCAGGGUGCGGGACAUGUACAGCCCAUUUGAGAACGGCAUGAAGAGCGGCACCGCCAGGGUGUUCGACCACCAGAUCCCAGGCGGGCAGUACUCGAACCUGAUGGUCCAGUGCAAGAGCAUGGGCAUCUGGGACAAGUGGGAGGGCGUGCUGGACAUGUACCGCGACGUCAACAACCUCUUCGGCGAUAUCGUCAAGGUGACGCCCUCGAGCAAGUGCGUCGGCGACCUGGCGCUGUACCUGGUGACGAGGGGCCUCAAGGCGUCGGACGUGACCGAUCCCGCCAAGAAGGGGCAGGUGGAUUUCCCAGACUCGGUCGUCGGGCUGCUGGAGGGGCGCCUCGGCUUCCCGCACAAGGGUUUCCCGGAUGAGGUAUCCAAGGCCGUCCUCGGUGACAAAAAGCCCCUCACCACCAGGCCCAGCGCCGCCCUCCCUCCCGCCGACUUCGCCGCCGUGAAGGCGAAGCUUCGGGAGGGCAAGUGCGGCCAGGUGCUCGGCGAGGUGACGGACGAGCUCGUUGUGUCUUCCCUCCUGUACCCCAAGGUUUUCGACGACUACGUAAACGAGAUGGACAAGAGCUCCACCCUCCUCACGAGCCUGCCGACGCCCGUCUUUUGGUACGGGCUCGUCGUCGGGCAAGAGUUCUCCAUCUGCCCGGCGAACCCGGCCGACCUGCUCAAGGACGGAGACGACGGCGACGGAGCGACAGAGGUAAAGAUCAGGCUGGAGCGCGUCGGCCCGGCGAAGAAGGGGGGCAUGCGGACGGUAUCGUUUACCGUGGGGGGUGCGGUGCAGAACGUCGAGAUCAAGGACUCCGUGUCGGGGAACGACUUCGACGGGCCCAUGGCGGGCGCCGGGAACGCCCUUGAGGUGGGGUCCCCCAUGCCGGGAGUCGUCGAGAAGGUUCUCGUGGAGGUCGGGUCGUCCGUCUCGGAGGGCGAGGUGGUGGCCGUGGUUAGCGCCAUGAAGAUGGAGGUGCAGGUCAAGGCGACCACCGCGGGCACCGUGGCAUCGCUGGCGGUCGAGGAGGGGGGCAAGGUGAUCGAGGGGGCGCUCAUUGCCACCCUCAAGGAGUAAAGAGCGGCGCGUUGUACCAAGCUGUUUUUGAACAGAGUCGUCGCACUCUUGACUAGCAGUAUUAAGUCAAGCUAUUUUCGUGAAUCGAGGAGUUGGGGGGGGGGCAGGAUCGUCUUGGUUUUGUUGUGACGUGUAGUCUACGCUGACGUGUCCUCUGGGGUUGCUAUCGGUCUCAUGUUGCGGAGACGGAGUGUUAUGUUUGUUGUCCUCGCUAUCGUCACAAGAUCUUGCGGUUCCGUGAGUGGGGAGCGCGGUGAGGGGAUCAUAAUGAACGUGAUCGUAUGCGUUGGUCCCCUGUUACGUGCCCGGCAUGCGGAAGGAUAACAGUGAUAAUCUGUUGUCAAAAGCGUUUGAUUUUGAUGUGUUUUUUUCGUGCCUUUUUUGUUUAUGAUGGAGUGUUUUUGGUGUGGUGCCUUACUUGUUGUCGUUGUAGCCAUAUCCGUAUUGUUUGUUUUGUACAUACGGUUGUUCGUCGGGGGACGAUCGGGCAGAAUACGUGGGUAAGCGGUAAUUCAACCCCGUCACAGGGCUCCCACGUAGGAAAGGCCCCGAAGUUUGGUCAAACAUUAAUCUCAGAUCCCUUCACACCCCGGUGUUGGCCCGAUUGUUAUGCGUUGGUUGAUGUACACGUGCCGCCCCGUAUGUUGUCUAGCCGGCUCGCCGAGCGUAUCUCUACUCUGCGUGGAUGUGUAGUCGAUCGGAACGAAAAUUCUGUCUUUCUUCGAAGCAUGGAAGAGAAAGUGGUUGUUGACGUCUGGUUUCUUAGGCCUCCUCAACAAACGAGAAGGAAUUUUCUAAGAAUUUUUUACCAUUC